AGGGUUCGACAGUUUCUCUCCCGUCAGAGGCACUGGGGCAUCCCAUGACGGUAUCGCUCUUUGGGCCCGCUCCUGUUGCUGUAGGAGAGAAGGCUUCAUAGUCCGUAGCUCUAGGAUAAGCCUCAGCUGCUCUCGUCUCCUCAAACUUGCGGAGUUCAAUUCAAAUUCGCCGCGUCGACUCUCAAGCAGCUCUCUUCACCCUCGAGCGCUGACGGUCGCGCAUCAUCCUGGCUCAGGCGCAGGAGCUCGAGGCCGAGCUGCAUGGACAGCCUCCAUCGCGCCAUCAAUCGCGGCAUUCAACGCUACCUCUAUGAUCCUGAACCCGCUAAUGACACCCCACAUGAGCCGAUCGCUUGUCUUGGUCAAAUCUACCACAGUUCUGCCCCGGCGCCUGCUUCGUCGAACGAGACUGGACUUACAGAGCGCUCUCAGACCAUUCCUUGGCCGCGCGGAUUUCUCAAUGAUGUAGAAGCGCGGUUGUGGUUCACCUAUCGAUCAGGCUUCCCAAAGAUCCCAAAGAACAUUGGACAGGCACAAGCAUCUCCUAGCGAGUUUGGCAGUAGUACAUUCCGCUCAAUGGCUGGUAGGAUUAGUCAGGAUGGGUUCACGGCGGACACAGGGUUUGGCUGCAUGGUGCGCUCAGCGCAGACACUUCUUGCCAAUGCUCUUCUGACGCUGCACUUAUCGCGCAGCUGGCGGCGAGGUGACGAUGUACAAGGCGAGUCCCGGAUCUUACGACUCUUUGCUGACGACGAGCGCGCGCCAUUCUCCAUUCAUCGGUUCAUGGAACAUGGCGCUGCCGCUUGUGAUAAGCCUGCAGGACAGUGGUUUGGCCCACAAGCAGCAAGUCAGUGCAUCAAAGCGCUUAAUCAGAAUCAACGUUCAUCGCAGUUGGCAGUUUAUCUUGCAGACGAGCAAGGUGGUUCUAUCUACGCUGAAGAGGUACUCAAACUAGCCCAUGCUUCCGCAGCAGACCAAGACGGAGAGUUCGAUUUGGUACCUGACCCAGAUCCGCCCUUCAAGCCGGUACUCAUCUUGGUCCCGUCGCGCCUUGGCCAUGACAAGAUUAAUCCGCGAUACCAUUCAACCCUGCUCAGCUUGUUCUCACUCGAACAGUUUGCUGGGAUCGCUGGCGGUCGUCCGGCCUCGGCACACUACUUCUUCGCCAAGCAAGGUCAGGCAGUCUUCUUCCUCGAUCCUCAUUUUCCAAGACCUGCAUUACCCUUCAUUGGCGAGAAUGCAGUCUACUCUCAGGAAGAACGCGAUAGUGCACAUACACGCCGUGUUCGUCGGAUGGAUCUGUCUGAGAUUGAUCCAAGUAUGCUCAUUGGAUUUCUCAUUCGUGAUCUUGCUGCAUGGCAGCAAUUCCGUCAACACCUUCAAGUAGCGGAAGUCCUUGCAGAAAUCGCCUAUUUUGCCAACACGGCUUCACAGGAAGAGCACAAGUCAUCAUCAUCAUGGAAGUCGUACUGGAAAUGGCAGGCUGGACCUGCAGCGCCAGUCAUCACUCGAAAGCAAUCCAUCCAUGAGCUACACAGAAUCGUCCUUAGCGGAUGCUGGCACCAGUCUGGAUAGCGGCGAGAUGAUUGGCUUGCCUGGAGAACAAGACGAGGACAAUUUUGGCGUGAUGAGCGAUGAAGAGACGUCAGUCACAGCGAGCGACGACGAAGCAAUUGAUCUAGGAGAUGUGACUGUUGGCAAUGAGCAAGACGAUAUACUCAGCGAUGAAGAGGGUCCGCAGUAAUUACAACAAUCUUGAGGGUACACUUCUUUUAUUAUCCCUAUGUCUACUUGACCUGCUUGACGGCAUCAGCAACACCUUGUGCAAAAUGGUCAAGGUUUUUGGUGUUGAGACCAGCCAUGGAAAUACGUCCAUCCAUCGUCAUGUAGAUCGAGUGGUGCUUGGCAAGGUACUCACACUGCGGCUUAGUCAAUCCGGUGAAGGAAAA